UAUAAACUAGAAUAUAGUUGACCUUGUACAGAUUUUAUAAACAUUCUCUAGUUUUUAUCUGUGACUAAAAUAAUGGAACUUGAAACCUGUGAAAAGACCAAGAACCAUUCCAAGAAAUGGAAUGAUGCAUCUAUAUUAAUGCUUGUGCUUCCUCGUAUAAUUUUCCUAGUAGAUUGAAAAUAAAACUCUUUUUCUUUUGCUUGAGAUGAAUCAAUCUUUAUUUCUUGUGGUGCUAAGUCUGAUAAUUCUUUUGAAUGUCGCACGAUCUGGUGCUAAGAGCAAGGUUCAUAUAGUGUAUUUGGGUGAGAAGCAGCAUGAUGAUCCCAAGCAUGUCACAGAAUAUCAUCACCAGAUGUUGUCGUCACUUCUUGGAAGUAAAGAGGAUGCACAUGACUCAAUGGUGUAUAGUUACCGACAUGGUUUUUCAGGAUUUGCCGCAAGGCUCACCAAGUCCCAAGCCAAGGAACUGGCUGAUUCACCAGAAGUUGUUCAUGUCAUGCCUGAUGGGUACUAUGAACUCGCAACAACUCGGACUUGGGACUAUUUAGGCCUAUCUGCUGCACAUCCGAAGAAUCUCCUAAAUGAUACUAACAUGGGUGAACAUGUUAUCAUUGGCGUUAUUGACACAGGAGUGUGGCCAGAGUCUGAAUCAUUUAGUGACAAUGGGGUUGGAGCAAUACCAAAGCGAUGGAAAGGAGGGUGUGAACCAGGAGAAGAUUUCAAGUCAACUAAUUGCAACAGAAAGCUUAUAGGAGCCAAGUACUAUAUCAAUGGGUUUCUUGCUGAAAACGAUGGAUUCAAUUCCACAAAAUCACCUGACUACAUUUCUCCUAGAGACUUUAACGGCCAUGGCACGCACGUAGCCUCUAUUGCAGGUGGUUCCUUUGUUCCCAACGUAAGCUACAAGGGACUUGCUGGAGGAACCUUGAGAGGUGGUGCACCUCGUGCUCGCAUAGCAAUGUACAAGGCUUGUUGGUAUCUCGAAGAGCUGGAAGGAGUGACUUGUUCAUUUUCUGAUAUCAUGAAAGCGAUGGACGAUGCUAUUCAUGAUGGUGUUGAUGUUUUGUCACUCUCUCUAGGUAGUCGGGUUCCUCUGUUUUCCGAAACGGAUAUGCGUGAUGGGAUUGCUACUGGAGCAUUCCAUGCAGUUGCAAACGGUAUUACUGUUGUUUGUGCUGGUGGUAACGCUGGCCCAUCAGCUCAGACCGUGGUGAACACGGCUCCUUGGAUAUUAACAGUGGCUGCAACCACUCUGGACCGGUCAUUUGCCACACCUAUUACACUUGGGAACAAUAAAGUCAUAUUGGGUCAAGCAAUGUACACAGGUCCGGAACUUGGCUUUACUAGUUUGGUUUACCCAGAGGAUCCUGGGAACAGUAAUGAUACAUUUACUGGUGAGUGUGAGUCCCUUAAUCUCAACUCCAACCGUACAAUGGCUGGGAAAAUUGUGCUGUGUUUCACAACAACAAGAGGUUACACUACUGUAUCAAGAGCUGCAUCUUUUGUGAAAAGAGCCGGCGGUCUUGGCCUGAUCAUCGCAAGAAACCCAGGGCACACUCUCAAUCCAUGUAAAGAUGAUUUCCCCUGUGUGGCUGUUGACUACGAGCUUGGGACAGAUAUACUUUUCUACAUACGUUCCAAUGGAUCACCUGUUGUGAAGAUACAACCUUCUAGAACAAUGGUAGGACAACCUGUAGGGUCAAAGGUGGCAACUUUCUCAUCAAGAGGACCUAACUCCAUUUCCCCAGCGAUUCUAAAACCUGACAUAGCAGCACCAGGAGUGAGCAUAUUAGCUGCUACAUCUCCCAAUGCCACCUUCAAUGCUGGAGGAUUUGUUAUGCUUUCAGGAACAUCGAUGGCGACUCCCGCAAUUUCAGGAGUUGUUGCACUUCUCAAAUCUUUGCAUCCUGAUUGGUCCCCUGCUGCUUUUAGAUCAGCUAUUGUCACUACAGCUUGGAGAACAGAUCCGUUUGGAGAGCAGUUACCAGCAGAAGGGUCAUCUCGCAAAGUAGCUGACCCGUUUGAUUACGGUGGAGGCCUCGUGAACCCAGAGAAAGCUGCAGAACCAGGCCUCAUAUACGACAUGGGCCCAAAAGACUACAUUCUCUACUUGUGCUCCGUCGGUUACAACGACUCAUCUAUCUCUCAACUUGUCGGUAAAGGAACAGUCUGUACAGACCCAAAACCUUCUGUUCUUGAUAUGAACUUGCCUUCAAUCACCAUUCCAAAUCUAAAAGAUGAAGUCAUUCUCACAAGAACCGUUACUAACGUUGGACCAGUUCAUUCAGUCUACAAAGUCGUGGUCGAGCCUCCGCUUGGGGUUCGAGUGGUUGUGACGCCGAAGAAACUAGUGUUUAACUCCAAAACCAAAAGUGUUUCCUUCACGGUACGAGUCUCGACCACACACAAAAUCAACACUGGGUACUACUUUGGAAGCUUGGUUUGGAGUGACUCUGUGCGUAAGGUGACUAUUCCUGUGUCUGUGAGAACGCAGAUUCUGCAGAACUACUACGAUGAGAACUGAUGACUUAUGGAUCUUUAUGUGUUUGCGAGAAUAAAGCAUCAAUAAUCAAAGUUAAUAUGGGGGACAUUACAUAGGCCUCUUAUGUUCCGGCCAUUUUAUCACAACCCUGAUUCUACGUAAAUUUGGAUUUGUUAUUCUGCAUGCAGAACCGAGAUCUCUAAAUAAUUGAUUUAUAUAAUGAUAAAAUAGAAUUAAAAUUCUUGAUACUACAUUUUAGAAACAAAAACGAUUUGUGCAGAGACGAGACACUCUUUCUGUAUUUGUAGUUGUUUAUAGUGUAACGGUUUGAGAAAAAAGUAGUCUAGUAUAAAUGUUGUAUUCUUAACAUGAAAACAAAAGACAAUAUUGUGAGAUUGAUGAUGUUGCUGUUGUUCGUGUGUGUUCUGAAUUCAAAGAAGGAAGUUGGAUUUUGCAAUUCUAUGCAAAACCCAAAGUAUGUUUCAUGUACAUAGUGAUAACGGAAUCUGAAAAAAGGAAUUAACAUUUCGACAUCGGAAAAAACACGAGAACGACACGUAACAACACGUAAUAAGUCUGAAUCACUUAUAUGGAGUCAUGAUACCUCUGUAUAAUUAAAAAAAAAAAAGCAAUCUCAGACUUUAUAUUCUCUAUUUAGUUAUGGGGAAAUUGCCAAAACGGAACAAAAAAAUAGCAUGGUUGUCCUUUUGGUACAAAACCUUUUUUUUUCCAUUUUGUCUCAUUUUUACUCUUUCCAAUUUUGAAACUAAAUAAAAUAAAUAGUUUUAUGAAUCAAAAAAAAAUGUUAAAAAUAUAAAUAAUUAAUAAAACACAAAUAUACACAAAUACAUUUUUUUGUCAAAAAUCUUGAUAAAUAAAUUUUUUAAAUUACGUUAUAAUAAAAGUAGAAUUAGUGUUCUACGGAAAAUGAGUUAAUAGAAAACGAAUUCAAAUAUUAACAAGUCUAUCUACUUUUUUAGAACAUAUAAUUUACUUUUAAUUAAAAUUCUAAAUAUAAUGAAUGCAAAUUCUACUGAUUGUAAAGAUAUCUACUUUUAUUUCGAAUGCAACUUCUACUUCUAUGAAGUAUUCUAAAAUUUCGGGAAUGCGAAAUCUAGAUACAACACGUACGUCUACAUGGCGUAGAAAGCGCAUUCAGGAUUUAUGUCAUUGUUUUACACGUUGUGGAAGGUGUCUUCUACGGAUAAGAAAACUUGUUUUUCAAAAAUUAAGGAAAUUUCAGUUAAAUAAUAUUCUUAAAAUAUUCUAAUUUCCUAAAAUGUGUUUUGAUCGAUUUGCUUUGCCAAAAUAUCAAAAAA